AUGGCACUCAAAGAAGAUAAGCCGUCCGGCCCUAAUCAUGGCGUGCUGGACACACUGGGUUUGAAGGUGACCGAGGGUCACCAGGAUGUCCAAGAAGGAUUGAUGGCCGAUAAUGCGGACAAUCUCCAGCGUCAUCUGGGUAAUCGCCAAAUUCAACUAAUCGCCAUAGGAGGGUCGAUUGGAACGGCUCUGUUCGUGAGUAUCGGGACGGGCUUGUACCAUGGUGGACCCGGUAGUUUGUUCAUCGCCUUCAGCGUGCAGUGUAUCUUCUUGGCCAUGGUAAACAACUGCCUAGCCGAAAUGACCACUACCUACCCCGUUAGUGGUGGAUUCAUUCGGCUGGCAGGAAAAUGGGUCGAUGAUGCACUCGGCUUUAUGGUUGGCUGGAAUUUCUUCUUUUAUGAGGCUCUUUUGAUUCCAUUCGAAAUUUCCGCCUUUACUCUGGUCGUGUCAUUUUGGUCUGAAAAGGUCACCGAGCCUGGUCCAGUAGCUGGUAUCUGUGCUGGAAUCAUCAUCUGUUAUGGUACUCUCAAUGUCCUGGCCGUGAUCUUGAUCUUUGCACUGUUCUUCUUCACCUUCAUCACUAUGGUUGGUGGGAAUCCAGCUCAUGAUGCUUAUGGCUUUCGGUACUGGAACAAUCCUGGUUCUUUCAUGGAGUAUCUAGAUCUCGGUACUCUAGGUCGUUUUGAAGGAUUCUUAGGGUCUCUGUGGUCAGCCUCUUUUGCCGUUGUUGGCCCCGAGUAUAUCUCGAUGGUUGCGGCCGAAGCCAAGCGCCCCCGGCUUUAUAUCAAAGCGGCUUUCAAGACGGUUUACCUUCGCUUUGGUCUGUUCUUCAUGGGUGGCGCUCUAGCCGUCGGUAUCGUCUGUUCUUGCAGAGAUCCAGCAUUGACGGCCGUUGUUGAGGGUACAACUUCCGGUUCAACUGCUGCAGCAUCGCCAUAUGUUAUUGGCAUGCGGAACUUAGGCAUUACUAUUUUUCCUUCAAUAAUUAACGCUCUCCUUUUGACCUCUAUCUUCUCCGCCGGCAACACGUACACUUAUUGCGCUAUCCGUACGCUCUAUAGUUUGGCACUCGAGGGUCGAGCUCCUAGGUUCCUGACACAUACUACACGCAAAGGUGUUCCGAUCUACUGCUUCAUCAUUGUGAUGAUCUUCCCACUGCUGUCCUUCUUGCAAUGUUCCAGCAGCUCUGCCACUGUGAUUACCUGGUUUGCUGAACUUGUCACUGCUGGAGGACUUAUCAACUACAUUACUAUCUGCAUCACCUUCAUCUGCUACCAUCGCGCCUGUAAAGUGCAACAUGUGAACCGCAGAGACUUUGCAUACUUCGGACGCUUCCAGCCGUACUCUGCCUACUUGGCACUGGUCUGGAUGACACUUGUCACCAUCUUCUACGGUUACCCCGCAUUCAAGCCUUGGUCGGUAUCCAACUUCUGGGCCAACUACACUAUGCAAAUCGUCAUUCCCUGUCUUUUCAUCCUGUGGAAAGUCUUCAAGCGAACCAAAUUCGUCAGAUCGCAUGAGGUGGACCUGGUGUGGGAGCGACCUUUGAUCGAUGCGUAUGAAGCCAGUUUCAUGGAUCCUCCGGUGGGUUUCUGGAGAGAAGUGGGUCAGAUGUUUGGAAUUCGACGGGUCAAAGGUGGUAAUGACAAACGCCGACACUCCGUCCAUCCCCCCAGUGGACACGAGGGCCUCGAGGAGGGAGCGCUAGCAUAA